AUGGAGUACAAGCAAACAGGCAAGCGCAAGAACCGACUCAAUGAUGAAGAUACAGCAGCUCCACGACCGCGUGCAGUGCGUCAACGACCAGGACUAGAAGAGUCAAGCGCGCCGGAAAACAACUCGUCACGCCAAGAAGAAGACGAAGAAACGAAGGAUUCUGGUGAUUCAACACCGCCUGUGUUUUGGCGUGCGAGUGCAAAUGCCGUUGAAGCAGCAGUGGACUUAUCAGAACCCUCAACAUUUGAAGCAGCAGUAAGCGGCCCUGACCAAGUGCACUGGAGAAAAGCAAUUCAUGCAGAGCUCGAGUCAAUGCGACUUCGCGGUGUGUUUCGUGCAGCCAAGCUGCCCAACGGACAACGCGCCAUUGGCACAAAAUGGGUGUUCAAGAUCAAGCGCAAGGCGGAUGGGUCAAUCGAGAAGUACAAGGCACGACUUGUGGCCAAGGGUUUCCGCCAAAAGUAUGGCAUCGACUACACGGAGACGUUUUCGCCUGUGGUCAAGUAUGUGACGCUGCGAAUGGUGAUCGCAAUUUCCAAGCAUUUUGGAUGGCCCAUCGACCAGCUUGAUGUGGUGGCAGCUUUCCUGUAUGGCGUCAUGAAGGAACAAGUGUUCUGCGUGAUUCCUGAAGGCGUCGAACUUGACAGUACGUUCGACUGCCUGGAAUUGGUGAAGUCAAUUUACGGCCUCAAGCAAGCGUCGCGAGUGUGGAACGAGACGUUCGACGAGUAUGUGUGCUCCAUCGGAUUUCAAGUAUCGGACUUCGACCCAUGUCUCUACAUCAAGACUUCGGACGGCCAUUGCGUGUUUAUACUGGUCUACGUGGACGACGUCUUGGUGACUGGAAGCUCACUCGAGCUGAUUGCACAAACCAAGAACGACCUGAAGACGCGGUUCGAAAUGACGGACAGCGGCAAGUGUGCGUUUGUUCUUGGGAUCGAGCUUUUGGACGGUGAAGAUGGCAGUGUGACACUAUGUCAGCGUCGGUAUGUCGAUGAUAUCCUCAAGCGCUUUGGCAUGGAUGAUUGCAAGGCAGUCGCAAGUCCAGUCGACAUGAGCUCUCGACUUGUUUCAAGUGAUGCAACUACCAAGGUCGAUGCUCCUUUUCGCGAAGCUGUUGGUGCGUUGAUGCACCUGACCACUGCAACGCGUCCGGACAUUGCGUUUGCUGUGGGCUAUGUGUCGCGGUUCAUGGAAAAUCCCCAAGAAGAACACUGGGUUGCAGUUAAGCGUAUCUUUCGCUACCUACAAGGCACCAAGACGCAUGGAAUUUGCUACAAGCCAAGUGCAAGGAUCGACUUCCGUGGAUAUUCGGAUGCGGAUUGGGCUGGUGAUCUUACCGACCGCAAGUCAACAUCGGGGUACACGUUCAUGCUACUCGGUGCGCCAGUCAGUUGGGGCAGCAAGAAGCAGCCAAGUGUUUCGUUGUCCACGAGCGAAGCCGAAUACAUCGCACUCAGCUUGGCGAUUCAAGAGGGCAAGUGGAUUCAUCGUCUGCUUUGUGAGAUCGUGAUGGCUGCCAAUGAAGAAGGACCGGAACUCAUGAUUCAUGAAGACAAUCAGUCGUGUAUCAAGAUGACGAAGAACCCAGUCAACCACGGCCGUGCCAAGCACAUUGAUAUCGAGUACCAUCACAUCCGUGAUGAGGUCAAGCGCGGUGAAGUGAAGCUCAAGUACUGUGAAACUGCGGUGAUGUUAGCGGACAUCAUGACGAAGGGACUUCAUGGACCACGCCACAAGGAGAUGACGACGGCUCUCGGGAUUCGUGAGCAUUCGGAUUGA